GCCAGCACAACUUUAGUGAAGCUGGUGUGUAGAUUGAAGGAUGGAGGCCAGCGGCAAACCCUCCACAGCACAGAUUGUGUUGCUGGCCACUAGUUCAGCACUGACAGCUGUUCUAUACACCAUAUACAAGAGGAAAUCCAGCCAUGUUGCGAGAUUAAGGGAAGCCAAGAAGAUGUCAUUAAACCCAGAGCUGAAAACUAUUCUCAGUGAAGCACCAGGAAAAUGUGUUCCCUAUGCAGUUAUUGAAGGAGUUGUGCGCUCAGUGAAAGAAACCCUGAACAGCCAGUUUGUUGACAACUGUAAAGGGGUCAUCCAGAGGUUGACCCUAAACGAGAAGAAGAUGGUGUGGAAUCGCACAACGAAUUUAUGGAAUGACUGUGAAAAGGUCAUCCACCAGCGCACCAACACCGUUCCCUUUGACCUCGCCCCACACGACGACACUGUACCCACAACAGUCCGAGUGCUCCGUCCCCUUGAUGCGGCUGAACUGGAUCUAGAGACCACAUAUGAAAACUUCCACCCUUCCCAGCAGUCUCUGACCAACGUCAUUGGCCACUUCAUCAGUGGCGAGCGUCCACAGGGCAUCCAGGAGACCGAAGAAAUGCUACGUUUGGGUGCCAGCAUGACUGGUGUAGGGGAACUAGUGCUGGACAACAAUCUGGUGCGUCUUCAACCGCCAAAACAGGGCUUGCGGUACUUCCUCAGCCGCCUGGAUUAUGACACGCUCCUCAGCAAACAAGAGGCUCACUUGAGGAUCUGGAGGGUCUUGACGGUGCUUUUUGGAUUAACUGCCUGCGCUACAUUUUUCUACCUGCUUUGGAGACAGUAUGUGCUGCGAAAGGAGCGGAGGAAAGAGCAAAGUGUGCUAGAUGAAUACCGGAAGUGGCAGAGUAAACGUUUUCAGGAGCUCCACUUGGCGGAGGAGGAUGUUUCUCCCACAGCAUGCACAAUUUGCUUGAAUCACAAGCGUUCUUGUGUGUUUUUGGAGUGUGGUCAUGUGUGUUCCUGUGAGGGGUGUUAUAGGGCCCUGCCUGAACCUAAGAAGUGCCCCAUAUGCCGGGCGACAAUAGAUAGAAUCGUCUCGCUGUAUAACAGUUAAAGGCCUUAUUGUGAAUAUAUAGUACUUGAAAUGAGGCAUAGCAUUUCAUGCCUUUAUCUAGAGCUGUGAUGAAAAAAAUGGUUCGAGAUAUCAAUUCUGAUUCUCCAAAUGCAUCGCUAAACUCUCUUGAAUUGUUCUGAGCUUAGUUUUUUAACAGCAGAGUGUGUUUUAGGCUAUUUAAUAAUAGGCACUGUAUCCUUUACAAAAACCCAUACUCUUCUGCUUGCAUCCAAUUCCUAACAAAUACCGCCUCAAACUAAAAUCAUCGUUAAUAAAGUAGGAAAUGUUUAAGCAACUUACAAAGGUUUUCAUAGUGAGCUGUGUUUACAUUAAUUUUGUGACAUGCAGUAAGUCAACUUACACAGUUCACCCCAAUGCACACUCUUCCUCAUGAGAAUUGUAAAAGUGUACAAUUAAAUAAUAAACAUAGAGCACCAUCUGCUGUAAUAAACUAUCCUAGAGUGUGGUCUGCUGUUAAAAACUGACCAAGAGCACUGUUUGUUGUUGAAAACUAGCCCAGAGAUGUGUCUGAUUGAAAAAACUAGCCUGGAGUCUGCUGUUAAAAAGUAACCUAGAAUGCUUUAUGUUUGAAAAUACUAGCGUAUAGCACAGUCUUUAAAAAAACUAGCCUAGAGCGCCAUCUCCUGUUAAAAACUAGCCUAGAGCAGUGUCUUGCAAAAUAUAGCCUAGAGUGCACAAACUGCUGUUAAAAACUAGCCUAGGGAACCAUCUACUUUUAACUAAUGUCGACUGCCGUCUGUUAAAAAACAGUCUACAUUGCCAUCUGCUGUUAAAUACUUGUCUAGAGCGCCCUCUGUUAAUAUAAACUAGCCUAGAGCAACGUUCUGAAAAUACUACCCUAGAGUGCAGUCUGCUUUUAAAAACUAUUCUAGCCUAGAGUGUUAGCUCAGUUAACAGUUUAACAGUUAGCUGUUAAAUACUAGCCUAAAGCACAAAAUUUUCCCUAAAAUAAUUAGUUUACUGCACAGUCUGCUGUUAAAUACUACCCUAGAGCACCAUCUGCUGGUAAAAAACUAGCCUAGAGCACCAUUGGUUGUUAAAAAUUAGCUUAGAACGCCAUCUGCGCCAUCUGCUGUUAAAAUCUAGCGUAAAGCGUCAUCUGCUGUAAAAAACUAGCCUAGAGUGCCAUUUGUCAAAAACUAGCCUGUUAAAAAAACUACCUUGGAGCUCUGUUUGCAGUCAAAAAACUAGCCUAGAGUGCUGUUUUUGGAUAAAAGCUAGCCUAGAACAUUGUCUGUGGUUAAAAGCUAGCCUAGAGCGUCAUCUGCUGUUAUAAACUAGCCAUGAGCAGCGUCUUGAAAAUAAUAGCCUAGCACAAUCUGCUUUUAAAACUAGCCAAGUCUGGAUCUCUGUUAGCUGUUAAAAACUAGUAUAGAGUGGCAUCUGCUUGAAAAAAAACUAGCCUAGAGCGUCGCCUGCUAUUAAAAACUAGCCUAGAGCACCAUAGGUUGUUAAAAACUAGCCUA